CAGGUCUGAAUUGGGUGUCCCUCUGCUUUGUACACGUUGGAUGUUCUCUUGGCUCCGUAUUGUAAGUACCUGCUUGUGCUCAUCGGGACAACCGGCUGUCCCAUUCUCCUUUUGUCCCCUUGCAUAUACGCGCUGUCUGGGGCUUAGCGAGGGCUCAGAAAUGUUUGUAAUAUAUAGACGAGGUGGCGUGCAGGGGAACUCCAGCCCUUGGCCCCAUUGUCCCCGUGGCUCACACUCGGGACUCUGUACCUGGGAGCUGCGCCGCCGCGCAGCCAGGACCGCCUCCUGGGUGCCAGAGCGACCCCGCCCUCUGGACCGCGUCCCCGUGCGCUGGGCGGCGAGGCUCCAGGGCGGCCGCCAGGAGCAGGUGGGGGCGGCGGCUCCGCCUCCGCGUCCCGGCAGCGCUUAAGCCCGGCUGGGAGCGAGCGAGGAGCGCAGAGUCCAGCUUAGCCGGGCGCGCAGAAGCAACGCCAGGCACUGUCUGCAGCCCAGCCGGGAUCCUCGAGGCGACGGGGACGACGGAGACGACGGGGACGACGGAGACGACGGGGACAGCGGGGACGGAGGCGCCAGCUAAAGUCCAGUCGGCCGGGUUACGGCCAGCUGCAGGUAGCUGCUCUGCUCGCGUCCGGGCCCUGGGUUAAACCAGAAACUACUCUCUUGGGACCAUUCAUAAGUGAGAGACACCAACACUGUGACAUAUGCCGGUGCCACCGCCACCACCGCCACCACCUCCACCUCCACCUCCACCCCCUCCACCACUAGGGGCUCCACCCCCUCCACCACUUGGGGCGCCACCCCCUCCACCCCCACCAGGGCCUCCGGUCAGCACAGACACCCCCAGCUUAAGGAAGCCAGAUCUGAAAGGCCGGAGUGCACUGUUGGCUGAUAUCCAGCAAGGAACACGCCUGCGGAAAGUCACCCAGAUCAAUGACCGCAGUGCCCCACAGAUCGAGGGUUCAAAAGGAACCAGCAAAGAGGGAGGAGCUGCUGGCAGCAAUGCCAGGGGAGGAAACACACCCCCUGCCCUGGGAGAUCUCUUUGCUGGUGGCUUUCCUGUGUUGAGACCGGCAGGCCAGAGAGAUGUGUCAGGUGGCAAGUCCGGGCAGGGCCCUGGCUCCCGAGCACCUUCUCCCCGGCUCCCUAUCAAAGCCAUCAGCGGCCCGCUUCCCGCUCCUGCAUCUCCCAGGCUAGGCAAUGCCUCAGAGACGCACAGCUCUGCCAGGCCUGUCCCUCCUCGCCCCAGUGUGCCUGCCCCACCACCUCCCACUCCACCCCCACCCCCACCUCCGCCCCUCCCCCCAGCCUCCCCCAUCAAAGCCCAGUUGGUGUCCCCGCCUGCCCCUCCAACCAAGGUGAAUCCAUCUGUGGUGCCACCUCCUCUACCCUGCGCACCUCCUCUUCCGCCCCCUCCCCCGACUCCGCCCCCGCUGCCCCCAGCCUCGGCGCUGAGCGACAAGGCAGUGAGGCCCCAACUAGCCCCACUGCACCUGCCACCCAUCCCACCCCCGCUCCCUCUCCUUCCACCCUGUGGGUACCCCGGGCUCCACUCAGAGCCCAACAGCCCUGCACAGGAGGUGCGAGAACCUCCAGCUCCGCCACCGCCACCACCCCCACCUCCGCCACCACCGCUCCCCACCUAUGCCUCUUGCUCCUCGAGGACCGCUGUGGCCCCGCCCCCUUUGCCAGGCGCAAACAACAGCGGCAGCGAGACUCCUCCCCCGUUGCCCCCCAAGUCCCCCAGCUUCCAGACGCAGAAGGCCUUGCCCACACCUCCAGGUGCUCCCGGCCCUCAGGCUAUCCUGCAGAAGAAGCGGCGAGGCCCAGGAACCAGUGGGGGAAAGCUAAACCCACCUCCAGCCCCACCUGCAAGAUCGCCCACCACAGAGCUUUCCAGCAAAAGCCAGCAGCCUGGAGGCCAGCUGCGGAAUGGAGGCCAGCACGCGAUUGAUGACUUCGAGUCUAAAUUCACGUUCCACUCCAUGGAAGACUUUCCCCCUCCAGAUGAAUACAAACCAUGUCAGAAGAUUUACCCCAGCAAGGUCCCCAGAAGCCGCACACCUGGUUCCUGGCUCCAAGCUGAGGCGGCUGGGCAGAGCUCUGAUGACAUCAAAAGCAGAAACUCUCAGUUAUCUCUGAAGGCACUCCGGUGAGAUGAUGGUGAAGCCAAGGCCCUGGGGUUCUGGAUUGGAUGGACACCAGGACAACUCCUCGAGACUCUACUGUACUCAAGCUCCACACAUUUGACAUACAGGCUCAGAACUGAGCAUUUGUUUAUUGUAAAUAAUGAUUUGCACGAACCCUAAAGCACCAUUUUAGUCAGCUUUUAUUUGAGUAAUAUUUUAACAUUUUUUAAAAUAUGCAUCCUGGCAUUUGUCUGUCUAGUACAGGUGGUGCCCUAUCCCACCCUGUGGUGUCCACUGUGUCUAUAGCACAUGCUUGCAGGCUGGUCCUCCUGAAACCUUUUCCAGAGCAUCCUUAGUUUUCAAGUAGUCCAAAAGUCAUAACUCUCCACAACAGCUUCUUAUUGGCAUGACUCUCAUCACACCAACUGCAAAAUCAAACCAAAUAAUGCCUUAUAAACCAUGCAGCUCAGAGGGAGCAGAGUGUCCCCAGGUCCUGGUGUGGCCACACAGCUUCCAGGGAGCGAGAUGCCAUGUCUCGCUCCCUUUUUAGCAGUACAGGGAUGCCAUUUUGCUGCCUAAUGUAUAUAUCCCAAUGCAAAGGCUAGAGUGGGUGUGGCCCCUCCCAUGCCUUCCGCAGGGCCCCUUUUGUAACUCAAUCCUUUUACGAGUAGCCAAUGCUCUUACUGUUUACAGCAUCCCUAGUGCCCAGUCUCCACUUCCUUCUGCCCCUCCAUGUUCCCAGCGCCAUGCUGGUAGCCAGGGUAAAGUCAGCUUUAUGAGAUUUUUAUAUCCUCCCACCCCUGCAGACCACAAAUGUAUAUAGCUCAUGAUUGUGAUAAGUUUAUUUUUUACCUCAGUAGUCUCCCUCUCCAAACUCUACUCGGAGUGUAAGAUUUAUGUGGAAAAUACAACAUAUAUUUAAAAAAGAAGAAGAUGAAGAAGAGGAAGCUGAAGAAAGAGACCCACUGGUAACAUGCCUGCCCGACAAGCCUAAGCAGGAAAAGCUGGGUGCCGUACACAUUUGGUAUCCCAUUGCCGGGGAGGCAGAGGCAGGCAGAUCCCUGCGACUCCCUGGCCAGCCAAGCUAAUCGGGGAAUCCCAGGUUCCAGAAAGUGACAUUGUCUCAAAACAUACGGUGGCAACUCCUGAGGCCACAACACCCAAAGUUGACCUCUUACAGGCUCACACAUUACAUGUGUGCACACAUCCCACACAGGAACAUGUACAGCCAUGUACAAACGCAUACAAAAGAGCAAAGCAGCUCUUCGAGUAUAUCUCAAAUAUCUGGUCCCGUUGGUAGGAAUGCCAUCAGCCCAAAGGUCCUUCCCACUGAGCUGAAGAACACAGACAACUCUCUUGCCUGGUGGUGUGUGUCUGGGGUGCUCCUCAGAUGAAUGCAGCCAAGUCAGCUGCCCUGAAUAGACAGAGGGCCACUCCAGGCCGGGGCAGCAAUCUGCACCCUUCUUUGAUUCUCCAGGGAGUGAAGUAUGCUUUUGCUUCUUGUCAGGCCCCAAAUGCUCCCAUCCACCAGAGAGGGGAGGCUGUAGCAGAGGAGGGGAAAGAGGUAGGAAGCCGUCUGAGCCCUCACUGUGCUCAGAAUAGCUGUAGACAAAGGAGAAGGGCACUGAGCUAUGAUGAGCUUUGGAGCAUCUCACUCAGGCACUCACCCCACAAGAACAUUAGCCCAGCCCAGGCCAUCCAGGGUCAAAGGAUAAGGAGAGUGUCUGCAGACACCUAACUGUCAUAUGGAGCAAAUGUCCUACAUGCUUCCAGAUAGGUGAAACUGAGCCAGGGCCAAGUUUCCAACAUCUCUGGGGUAAGGACUCAAGCCACUGUAACAGCCACAUGAACAGAGGUGAAGGUUCCAUUCAACGCUGACUUUGUUGCGUUGGUUCUGGAAGUGUGCAGAAAGGUCAGGAUCCAGUCUACUCUUCUCCCAGCCACGCAAAGUAAUAAUCAUUAAAAAGCUUUCAUAACUACGACAAGGGCCAUCUGGAAGGCAGCCCUGCCUUUGAAGUAGUCUGUUUGCCCAGUACACUGAAGGACACCAUGUUCUACACUGCUGGCACAAGAAUUUAAACUAUUCACGAGUGGGGAGAUGUCUCUGUCAGGAGACGUCCUGCUGCCCAAGCAUGAGGGCCUGAGCUCAUAUCCCCAGCACCCACGUAAAAGCCAGGCAUAGGGGUGCAUGUCUGUAAUCCUUGGUAGAGGAGUGGGUAAAGUUGGGUAGAGGCAGCUGAUCCUGGGAAGGUCAGUGCCCAGCCAACCUCACAAAAUGAGCGAUCUGCAAGCUGCAGGGUUAGUGAGAAACUGAUAGUAGAGAUAGACCAAAAAAGAUUCCUGUGAAUGGCCUUUGGGCCUCCACAUGCAUGUGCACACAUGUGCCCUUGUUCAUGCACACACACGCACACACCACACACACACAAACACGACACAUAAAUAUUUUUUACAAAGUUAUUUAAGGUCAGAAGGAAGGAACAUGCAGAAACCAAAAAUAGCAAGCGAGGAACGGUCUCAGGGAUCUGGCCUAGCAGCUCAAGGCCUGUCAUGGAGCCUACCCCUCCAAGUCCAAGUGGGUACCUUCAGUACCCACCAGCAGCGCAUGGGUUAGGCCCCUGGCCAUGAACUCACAUGUGGAGAGGUCCCCUGCUAGCCUUGCUUACCCUCACAUUGCAGACUGUGACUCCCCCGAUGUCUCACCCAAUGUUCUUUAUAUUUUAUUGAAGUUCCCUGCUGUGGAUUUAUUCCUUUGUACCUAAUAAACUUUAAUAAGUGAGAA